CUUCAUGGGGCUCUUCAGAAAAAGUUGGACUCGCACACGUUGAGACUAUGAGAGCGCGGCGUAGCUCGCCUGCAGCAUGGUGGAGCUGGAAAAACACUUCAGCCUGAACAUCGCCGACGAUCGAGACUAAACCAGACCGCGGCUGCGUGUUUUUAUAUGAAGAAGGAAGCGCUCACGGCGGUUCGCUCGACAUAGAAAACUUUAUCAUAAUUUUUUUCUGGAAAUCGUUUCGUGGGACUGCGAUGACCUCCAGUAAAGACAUGAAGGCAGGCUCUGUUUUGCAGUCCAGCGGAGAGGACAGGAGACGGGCUCCUUUAGACCAGCUGCCGCCCCCGGCCAACUCCAACAAGCCUCUGACCCCGUUCAGUAUCGAGGAUAUUCUCAACAAGCCCUCCGUGAAGAAGACGGUGGCGAGCCUGUGUCCGCCGCGCGUGCUGGAGAAAGUGAGCGGCUCGAGCUCGCUGCGGAACGGGAUCACCACUCCCUCCUCGCCCCUGUGCGCGCUGGAGGAGCUCGCGAGCAAAACAUUUAAAGGGCUUGAAGUCAGCGUUAUACAAGCGGCGGAAGGUCGUGAACACAUGAACGCCUUCGGUCAGAGACAGGCCUCGAAGAAGCGACGGAAGUCCCGCACGGCCUUCACCAACCACCAGAUCUAUGAACUGGAGAAGCGCUUUUUGUAUCAGAAGUACCUGUCCCCGGCCGACAGGGACCAGAUAGCCCAGCAGCUGGGCCUGACAAACGCGCAGGUCAUCACCUGGUUCCAGAACCGGCGCGCCAAGCUCAAGAGAGACUUGGAGGAGAUGAAGGCGGACGUGGAGUCCCUCAAGAAAAUCCCCCCGCACACUCUGCAGAAACUGGUGGCCAUGGAAGACAUGGACGAUGCUCAGGGCGGCUCUGGCCCAAUUUCGCCCAGUUUAUCGCCCUCCUCGCACGGCCACAGAGCCUUCCCCCAGUCCCCGUCCUCCUCCAGAGGCCAAACCACAGACGAGUUCUCCGAGGAGGAGGAGGAAGAGAUCGAAGUGGACGAUUGAAAAAGUGGCCCACGCUUUCAGAAAUGGGCAUUUUUUUCUUUACUUUUCACGACUUUUGCACGGACGUUGAACUCUGCGGAAGAACCUGAAACAGAAAGGAUGUUUUUCUUCUUUCUCUCUCUCUCUCUCUCUCUCUCUCUCUCUUUCUCACGUUUUAAUUUAUUGCAAGGAUUGUGAAAGCCUUCGAGAUGUCCACGCUUGAGACUGAGGACGUGCUCACGGAGUACAUGUUCAUUCAGUAGGAUGUGAGAAAUGUAGUGAUUGUGGUACAGGAUCACGACAGCAACAUGUGUAUGUACAUUUUUCUGUUUUAUUUCGCCGCAUACUUUGAGGGGAAACUCGUGCAAUUGUUUUGUUACACAGGUCUCCAACGCCAUCACACCAUUUACAUGAAUGUUAUAGCUGCUAAUGAUACGUAUCUGCCAAAUGUGAUUUUAUUUCCCAACAAAUUUCUCAAAUAUAUAGACAUAUUUAUAUUUAUACAGUGUCAGGAAAAAAAUGUCAUUUGGGACAUAGGCUUACUGUUUGACAAGAAUUCACAAAAGCGAAGGCCAACAGAUUUUUUGGGCCUGAGCAACAAUUGCUGAAACGAUUUCUCCCGAGUUACUGAUAUAUUUCUAAUAAUGACCCUCAACGCUGGAUGGAAAGCCACUGUUAUGAGAAACUGAAUUGAUCUUUAUGGCCAAAUUAGUCGAAUAAUGGGGGGGGGGGUUGUGUGUACAAAUCACCGAUGCAUUUUACGCGAUAAAGUUAUUGUAUCAUUCUAUUUAAUCACCAAUUAUGUAAAUAAAGGGUAUAUGAUAUUUCAAA